AUGGAGAAAAAUCAGGCCAGUAGCAGUAGAGAAUUUACCUUAAAAAUUAACAAAAAUUCUGAUGUGAAAUAUCAGUUAUUGAAAUUUAAUACAAAUAUGGAAGUUGAAAAAUGGUCAAGUCAUACUAAAUUGAAGAAAGAAGCCAAAGGGGGUAGGAAAACACCAAUAAUAGAUGAUAUGCCCAAAUUUGGAGCGGGAAGCGAAUUUGGUCAUGAAGCUAGACUAAAAGCAAAAAAAAGAAGGUAUGAGAGUAACAAAAACCUGUCAGAAACUACUUCUUGGAAUUUGAACAUUGAAGGAAAAAAAUUUAAAGGUGCAAGACAAGGUGGAAUAGCUGAAAAUUCUUCAUAUUACAUAUUUAGUCGUGGAGAAGGCAAUGUGAUAAAUGCACAUAAAGUAGGAGAGUGGUAUAACUUUCAACCUGUAUCACGUUACAAAACAUUAACAAACAGUGAAGCAGAAGAAGAGUUUGAAAGACGUGACAGCAUUUACAAUAAGUGUAAUGUGAUGAUACAAAAGAAAUUAAGUAAUAAAGAGGAUAAAGAAAUCGAUGAAUAUAAUGGAAAUAAAGGGAAAGGGGCAGAAAAAAUUCGUAAAACUAAAGAAUUCAAAAUUUCUGAAAUGGAUGAAUGGGAUGAAAGCAAUGAGGAUUCUUCAAACUCGACUGACGAAGAAAAGGACAAGAAAAAAAUUAAAAUUCAGCAAAAACAAAAAAUCAAAGUCAAACCUAAACUAAAAAAGAAGUGGAGAGGAUCUGAUGAAUCAGCAAAUGAAGACAGUGACAAUGGCGAUGAAGAGGGAAGAGAGUUGGAUUAUAUAUCCGAUUCUUCAGAAGAUGUGUCAGAUGCUGAUGCUAAAGUAACUAAAGAAAUGAAGGGAGUUUCCGAAGAAAAAGCAUUAAAGAGUCUCUUGGCAUCUGAUGACGAAACUGAUGACGAAGAUGAAGAAAAUAAAACAACUGAUAAAAAUUUGAAAAACGAUAAUGAUUCAGACUAUUCAGACAUGGACAGUGUACCGAUUCAUAUAAAGCCAGUUAAUUUGGAUAGAAACAAAACAAAUAGCGGUGAUCCAAUUAAUAUCCCAAAUAACUCAUCUGUUCAAAACCUGGAAUCACUCCAGAAAAAUGCUGAUGAAGAAAUUUCACUAGCUGCACAUGGUAUAACUGAAGAGGCUGUCCGACGAUAUUUGUCACGAAAACCAUUCACUUCAGCUCAACUCAUUAAUAAGUUUAAGAAUCGUUCCAAUUUAAGUUCCGAACAAUUAGUUACAGUCAUAGGAUUAAUAUUAAAAAAAAUCAAUCCUGAAAGACAAAUAAUACAGGACAAAAUGUACUUGAUUUUGAAUAACUGA